GCGACGCAAAAGAGCACCCAGCAUAACAAAUGUUGGUAUGCUUACUUGUCGCCUGCUCAGAUCAGCUCCCGGCCAAGCAGCUAAAAUAUGCACGUACACAGACCAAAAACAAAGGCAGGCGGGCAAGCCAACAAGUAGGCAGAAAAGUCAGCCAGGCAGCCAGGCAGCCAGCAGCUAAACACCUAAACACCUAAACAGCUAGGCAGCUAUAUACUUAUUUACAUAUAUGAUGUGUGGCAACUCGCCAGUCACCAGGAACGCCAACUCUUCAGUGUGCGAAUGACUGAUUGACCGUUCGGACGAACUGUUGCCGUUGUUACAAGCAAGCGGGUUGCUUGCCGUGCCCCCAUACCCGGAAAGUGUUAUACCCCAAAAACGCUAGAAAGCCUUAUAAAGUUGAAAAAAAAAUAAUUAGUAACGCUGUGGUGUGGAAAUGAAUAGCACUAAUUAUAUUUGAAAAAUUCAUGCAACAAAGUGUUUAUCUACAAAACUUCAAUCGAGCAGAAAGGAUAAAACAAAAAGCUGAAAACGUGCGCAAGAGUUUUAAAAAUAAAAAUGUGACAAAGAACUCAAGUUUGUGUUAAACAAAAAGAAAGUGAGUCGCUGCGAAAUGCAGUGUUGAGUUAUUUGAAAAAAAAAGAAGUAAACUAAAGAAAACUUUAUACUAAAGGAAGUGAGCGGAGCUGAUUUGAAUUUGCGCAUUUUAUGUGCAACCCGCCAGUGUUUAAAGUUAUAACACCCACACUACCUAUGAGCGAAACGGCAACUGUGGCGAGAGGGAGUUUGGAAUCCGCCCUUGAAAAAAGCCCAGAAAAGGAAGAAAGGUGAACGCAGUAAUAACGACAUCGAAGAGAACAACCACGCCGCGUUAAAGCUACGACAGCCACGCGCUAUUUCAGACAAAUUCGCAGUAAUUACGGCUGAUAGUAUCAAUUUCCAAUUGUAGCGCCGCUCAGUUGCAUUACUCUGCCAUCAAAAUGAUUCGUGAUGUCUCCAGCUCGACACUUGGUCGAGAGGAAGAACGCAAGCCGCUUAUGGCAGCGUAUAUGUUCCAACGCCGCGUACUGCUCGGUUGCAGCGUGCUAAUGGUGCUCUCGCUAAUCAUGUGGAUUGUGGCGAUUUCGACAGAUCAUUGGGUGAUUAUUACGGGUGGUAAAGGCAUCUUCAUACCGGAGACACGUCGUUUCUUCAUGUACUCCCACUCCGGCUUGUGGCGCCAUUGUCGCUACACCACCACGCCCAAUGCCCUGCCUACCGCCAAUGUGGUGCGUAACAUUACCUCAAUAGCUUAUGUAAAUCCCAGCACACUCAUGGAUGCCAAACUAAAUGCUUCGAGUUUAGAUUUUGUACGUGAAUUUAGCGAAGAAAUUGUAGAAAUGCCAAUGAAGAACUUCACAGAGUCCGCCAGGCGACGUAUGUUUGCGCAUUGGGUACGCAAUGAUGAGCUCGAAUUUCAAACGUUCAAGAAGGCCUUUCAAACUCUUGUGCUGAAUACAAAUGCAACACGAGCAGAAAUAAUACCAGCACAGGCUAAGCCAAUAGCAAUUGAUCCGCUCAAUGUGCGCGAUAUAGAAGCACGACAAACAUUUGGAACAGCCUUGCAAAAAGUGGUAGUCAAUUCGACAUCGUACUACUUUGUCAUACCUGAAGCAGCGCAAUUGGCCAUAUUUCAAGGUUGGAAUGAGCGGCAAUAUGUACCGAAACUAUUUUGGCCAUAUGUGCGCGAUUUAGGCGUGCCGGCGUUUGUGUUGAACGAUCAUCAGGUGAUAUUGCAAUUGGUGCCGCCACUGCCACCAAGCCACGGUCGCGAGUCGAAUGGUUAUGUAUACCAACCAACUGAGCGUUGCAAAUACAUAGAUAUGUUUCCCAAUUCCAAUGCGCUGCGUAGUGACCCCGGCAUUGAUGACGAGCUGAUGGAUUAUAUACGCACGCAGGCUUCUUUUGCCUGUAUCACCGUUUUCGUAAUGGGUUUGGGCUCGAUUUUCUCAUUUUACACUUUUAAGAAUCCGCGUUAUAUGUUCAAGCGCCUGGCAGGCGGCAUUGAUUUGGUGUCAGCCUCCACUGCUGUGGUUGUUAUACAAGUUUUAAUAUCUUCCGUAGAUUACACUAGAACACACUUAUUUUAUGCGUAUCCCGAUGGAGCGAAACUAACAUACGGCUAUGGCGUCUACUUGGCUUGGUUUACUUUUAUGGUGAACCUUGUGUGUGGUCUACUAUUUAUAUGGUACUCCGGCAAAAAGAAGGGUGCUAAAGCACCAAACGAUGAAGUAGCUAUGGCUGAUGAGCCCACCAUUAUGGGCAGAUAAUAAGCUUCACAGGAUUUAGCCAACAGCUAUGGUUGAACAUAAAAACAAAUGCCCACCGACUAUCUGCGUACCUUAUGAUACUCACUUGUAGACUUCAAAAUCAGAGCGUUUUCUUACGGAAUACAAUAUCAUUGAUAGGUACUUAUACCAGACAUAAUAGCAGUGUUAUUCUAGCAUAGAAGGCCCAGUCAAAUAUUAAAUCGAAUAAAAUAUCUAAAAACUUUAUAAUUAAUUAGCAAAGUUCAACGAUAUUUAGAACUCGAAGCUAGUCAGAACUUUUUUGGGAUUAAUACAAGUUUUCUAGUUCCUAUAUGGCUAAUGUGUAAAUCUAUUAAAUAAAGAGAGAAGCAAU